AUGGCCCCCACCAACCCCGGUCUCAAGCACUUGUCCAAUGCGCUCGCCACCCCCGAUCAGCUCUCUAAUUCCUCUUCGGCAAUUGACGGCGUACCUUCAGACCUAGAAACAUCAAUCCGCUGUGCCGGUGCCCAGCUUACACAGGCAGCCGGCGUUCUUCUUCGUCUGUCACAGGACAUCAUCGCCCAGGCGAUCGUGAUCUUUGCACGCUUCUGGCUGGGAGCGGACGGAGGAAGCUUACGGAUUUACUCGGCCAAGGAUGUCUCGGCUGCCUCACUCUACCUGACAGCCAAGCUCUCUUUCCAGCCCACCUCACCACGAUCCGUCCUGAACGUUUACACCUUCCUUCUCUCCAAAGAGUCUUCCCCGCUAUGGUUUGUGAACCCCCGCGGGGCACCCGCGCAGCCUCCCGCGGCAGAGUCCUAUAUUCUCUCUGAGGGCGGCUACCAGUCCGCCCGGUUGGUGCUCUUUCGCAUCGAAUCAAUCAUCCUCCGAACACUCGGCUUCGACACACACGUUGCCCUCCCACACACCAUUGCUCUCACCUACCUGCAAACCCUGGGUGCGACAAGGCCCGCCGUCGCACGUCGAGUUAUUGAACACCUGAACGCCGCUCUACUAUCGCCCCAGCUACUUUACAUAACACAUCAGCCCAAUGCCUUGGCCGUGGCAGCUAUUUACCUCGCAACGCGUGAAGAAGGGGUAAAGUUGGUGGACGGGGAAUGGUGGGAGGUCUUUGAUGUUGAUCGUGAAGAACUUGGAUUUUUGGUCGUGGGUAUGAGGAGUACAGAAGGCUUCGUGCGGGCAGAGACGGAACGGUGGAGGAACAAGGCGAUUCCCAUGGUGGUAGAUGAGGUGGAAGCGGAGAUAGAACGACGACGGAUGAUGCAAGAGGGGGAAUGA